AUGGCUGUUGUUCUACGAUAUGUAGACAACAAUGGACAUACAAUUGAAUGUUUUUUUGGCAUUCAACAUGUGCGAGAUACAACAGCUAGUUCACUCAAGGCAGCUAUUGAAGCUUUGUUUUCUAAACAUGGGCUAAGCAUAUCAAGAUUGCGUGGUCAGGGAUAUGAUGGAGCUAGUAACAUGCGAGGUGAAUUCAAUGGCUUGAAAGCACUUAUUCUAAAUAGCAAUCCAAGUGCAUAUUAUGUAUAUUGUUUUGCUCACAGACUUCAAUUGACUCUUGUGGCUGUUACAAAGAAGCAUAAUGAAGUUGGAGAUGUCUUCAAUUUUAUUUCUAGCAUUAUAAACAUAGUUGGAGCAUCAUGCAAAAGGAUGGAGGUGAUUAAAGAAAAACAAUAUGCUAGAAUUAUUAAAGGACUUGAAAAUGGAGAAAUUUCUAGUGGACGAGGCUUGAAUCAAGAAACUUCUCUUAGAAGAUAUAAUGAUACCCAUUGGGGCUCCCACUAUGUUACAAUUAUUCGUCUACUUGCAAUGUUUUUAUCAGUUCUUGAUGUGCUUGAGAUUAUAAGGGAGGAUGGGAUGAACUCAGAACAGAGAACAGAAGCAAUCGUUUUAACAGAUAUUAUGGAAUCAUUUAAUUUUGUAUUCAUGCUUCAUUGUUUGAGAAGGAUACUAGCAGUUACUAAUGAGUUCUCACAAGCAUUACAAAGAAAAGAUCAAGACAUAGAAAAUGCUAUGAGUUUAUUGAAAACAUCAAAGGAACGAUUCAAAAUGAUGAGAGAGAAUGAUUUGGAAUCUUUACUGGAAGAAGUGUCAUAUUUUUGCAUCAAACAUGAUAUUGAUAUUUUAAACAUGGAUGAUGAGUACAAGCUUCGUGGGCGUUCAAGGCAAAAAUCUCAAGGGAUUACAAACCUACACCAUUUCCGUUAUGAAUUGUUUAACAAUAUCAUUGACAUGUAA